CGGUCGGCAUUUUGUUCUGCCAGAGAAGGGGGGAGAGUGUCUGAGUGGAUCCUUUUAUCACCGCGUCAGUAGUCUUUCAGGGUUUUCGCUUUUUCUUCCCCCCCUCCACCGCACUAAAUAUUCCCUGAAAAUAGUUUCUUAUACACACAACACUCUACAGUCCGCGCUGGCUGGAGCAGGACCGGCGAAAAGCAGCAGCGAUCGCGGGGAAUGUUUACCUCCCUCCAGCCUUCAUGUUUGCAGUGAGAAGGAAGAAGAGCGAACCCUCCCGACCCGGAUUAUUGUUGUUAUAUUACUCGGAGGAGCUGUGAACGGAGAGGGGAGCUAGAGACACUCGUUUUUUUUGCUACCAUUUCUUUCUUUCUUUUUUUCGAAAAAACAACAUCAAGUCCUGAGAAGAAGGGAGAUGUGAAGGCUGGUUGGAGAGCAGAGACUUUGAGCAUCCUGUGCAUCGACACGACCCCCCACCCCCAUCUUCAGCAUGAAUGGGGAUAUGCCUCAUGUUCCCAUUACCACUCUUGCUGGGAUUGCUAGCCUCACUGACUUGUUAAACCAGCUGCCCUUGCCUUCCCCUCUCCCUGCCACCACCACUAAGAGCCUGCUGUAUAAUGGGAGGAUUGCCGAGGAGGUCAACUGUCUCUUGGCCCGCAGGGAUGACAACCUUGUCUCCCAGCUGGCCCACAGCCUCAACCAGGUCUCCACCGAGCACAUAGAGUUGAAGGACAACCUGGGCAGUGAUGACCCGGAGGGAGACAUGCCGGUGCUGCUGCAGACAGUGCUGUCCAGGAACCCCAACAUCUUCAGGGAGAAAAGUAUAAUGCAACAGCCAAUGAUGCCGCCAUAUAAGAUGUCUCACAAUUCCAUGCAUGGAAGCCCGGCAUCCACAAACUACCAGCAAACCACUGUUACUCCCAGCCCUCCUAGCCGCUUUGUUCAGCCUCAGACGGGCUCUGGGGCCAGGUUCAUGCCCCAGCAGAACAGCCCCGUGCCCAGCCCCUACGCUCCACAGAGCCCUGCUGGCUACAUGCAGUACCCUCACCCUCCCAGCUACUCCCAGCACCAACAGAUUCAACAAGUGUCUGUUGCUAGUCCCAUGGUUCCUGGUGGUAUGAGGAACAUCCACGACAAUAAGGUCUCGGGGCAAAUGUCAAGCAAUUCGGCCAACCACAAUGCACGGCAUUGCUCCAAUGAAGAGUACAUGAACAUCGUCCACAGACUGGGAAGUGAGGAGAGUGAUCCUUCUAUGAGAAACGCAUCCUUCCCUCUCCGAUCACCCCAAUCAGUAUGCUCACCUGCUGGAAGUGAAGGGACUCCGAAAGUUGGAUCGCGGCCACCUCUCAUUCUUCAGUCUCCGCCCCCGUAUACCUCACCGCGGGAUGCUGCUCCUGACCUUCUCAUGGACUCACCCGACCGGAAAAAGAAGCAAAAGAAAAUGAUUAAGGAGGAAGGAGACAAGGGCGCCAUGUACGAUAUUGUCAGCUCUCCCUCCAAGGACUCCACCAAGCUCACACUGAAGCUGUCACGGGUCAAGUCAUCUGAGACAGACCAGUCGGCCGAGCUCAUGCCCAGUGUGGAGCACAGCUCAGACGCUGAGAAUGAACUGCCCUGCAACAGUCUACCAUACCCUAGGAACCCCCAGGAGCGGCUGGCUGGAGGCCAGUGCCUCCCGGAGCAGUCAGGCUACCAGCAAGUCCCAGUGCUGCAGAACAUGGGGGCGCUCCCAUCAAAGCAACCCGGGGGAGUCAGCGGGACACCCUAUGAUGAGGCCGAGAUGGACGCCCUGGCAGAAAUCGAGAGGAUAGAGCGAGAGUCGGCCAUUGAGCGGGAGCGUGGCUCCAAGGAGGUCCAGGAUAAAGACAAACCUCUGAAGAAGCGAAAGCAGGAUUCGUACCCUCAGGAGCCUGGCGCUGGUGGCACUGCAGGAGCUACAGGAGGUCCUACAGUGGGUGGUGGCGGCAGUGCUGGGAACAAAUUGGCACCUCAGGAGGCUAGUGCUGCCAGCAAUGGGGCUAACAGACCAGCCCUGAUGGUCAGUAUAGACCUGCAACAGGCAGGCAGGGCAGAGGGGCAACUAGACUCCUGCCCCACACCUGACCUGGAGGCCCAGCGCUGGCCUGAAGAUGGCUCUGACUCAGCUGGGGUCCUACGGCUCAAGUCAAAAACAGAUGGAGAAGUGCAGAGGACAGUAGACAGUCGGCCCGAUGUCAUCAAGCAGCGGGCAGAAACGCCACAAAAACUGGCUUCAGAUGGCCGUCCAGAGACACCAAAACAUAAGCAUGAUAGUCGACGGGACUCCACGGGCAAGACACAGGGCUCAGACAAACGGUCAGAUACGUCAAAACACAGACAUGAUGGCAAGGUCCGGUCUGAGGGACGGGGCACAGAGACACCACGGAAACACGAUAAUCGCUCUGAGGUUUCCCGCGACAGCCAUAAAGAAGAAAAACACAAAGACAGGGACAGGGACCGGGACCGGGACCGUGAGAAGGACCGAGACCGGGACCGUGAGAGGGACAGGGACCGUGACAACGAUGGCUCCAAAACUCGUAGGCCAGACACACCGAAAAGUAAGGCAGAACACGACAGACAGGGGCGUGACAAAGACCGGGAGCGGGAUAGGGACCGGGAGAACCGAAAGCACCGGCCUGAGUCAAGAGAACACAGGGACAAGCGCUCUCCUGAGCACCGCCCCCGGCCUGACAGUCCGCGGGUGAAACAGGAGAGUCGAGGAGGAUCAGACUCGGGCCGACACCGCUCUGAACGGCCUGACCAAAAAUCCCAUAACAGCAAAGAAGAGAGACGGAGCUCGGAUGGCAGCCGUAACCGUUCUGAUGGGGCCAAGCAGCCCUCCACUGAUAUCAAGACUAGCGAGUUCCCUGAUUACUUGCUGGGCGGUAAGUCUGGCGCACUGAAGAACUUUAUUAUUCCCAAGCUAAAGCGCGAUAAAGAUGUGAAUGUACCAGCGGCGGCAGAAGCACGACGGCCUGGAGAGAGCUGGGGCCAGCCACGAGUUAAGCUGGAGAGACUGGGUCUGGUGGAGGACAUCAGCAAACGGCCCAAGCCUGUUGUAGUCCUGCAGAAGUUGUCCAUUGACGAGGUGCAGAAGAUCAUCAAGGACAGGAACUCUCGCAGCUCCAAAUCCAGCAAGAACAGGCCUGGCUAUGGGAAGUCUUCCAAAGGGGGGAUUGAUGAGUCGGUGCUCAAGGAGCUUCCUCCUCAUCUGCUUGCAGAAAUCGAGUCCACUAUGCCUCUGUGUGAGAGGGUGAAGAUGAACAAGCGCAAACGCAGUACGGCCAACGAGAAGCCCAAGUACGCUGAGGUCAGCUCCGACGACGACAGCGAAUCUGUGGAGUCGGCCCCGAAACGCUCUAAGAAGGACCGCGAUCGGGCCUGGGAGUAUGAGGAGAAGGACCGGAGGGGUUCUGGAGAGCGCAGGCGAAGUGGCCACCAUGAUGGUCGCAGAGGCUCAGGCAGCCGAUACAGAGACCGCAGUCCAGAUGACUCUGAAGAUGAAACGCCCCCUCCCAGCAUGAUUGAGAUUGCCAAAAAGAUGAAGAAGGAGAAGCAGAAAAAGAGGAAAGCAUAUGAGCCGAAGCUAACUCCAGAAGAAAUGAUGGACUCCUCAACGUUUAAGAGGUUCUCAGCAAGUGUGGACAACAUUUUAGAAAACUUGGAGGAUAUUGACUUAUCUCUAGCCGCAGACGAGGAUGAGAUCCCUCAGGAGUUGCUCCUUGGGAAACACCAGCUGAAUGAGCUAGGCAGCGAGUCAGCGAAAAUCAAAGCCAUGGGCAUCACAUAUAGGAUUCCAUCUGACAAGCUUGUGAAGGUGCUGAGCAUACUGGAGAAAAACAUUCAGGAUGGAGCCAAGCUCUCCACACAUAUGAACCAUGACAAUGAUGCAGAGGACGAGGAGCGCUUGUGGCGUGACCUUAUCAUGGAGCGGGUGACCAAAUCAGCCGAUGCCUGUCUGACUGCUCUGAACAUCAUGACCUCGCCACAUAUGCCCAAGGCGGUCUACAUUGAGGAUGUGAUUGAGAGGGUACUACAAUACACCAAGUUCCACCUGCAGAACACCCUCUACCCCCAGUAUGAUCCUGUCUACAGAGUGGACCCUCAUGGAGGUGGGAUGUUGAGCUCGAAAGCCAAACGAGCCAAGUGCUCCACGCACAAGCAAAGAGUGAUCGUCAUGCUCUACAACAAGGUGUGUGACAUCGUCAGCAACAUCUCAGAGCUGCUGGAGAUCCAGCUUCUGACUGACACUACAAUCCUGCAGGUCUCUUCUAUGGGAAUCACACCGUUCUUUGUGGAGAAUGUCAGUGAGCUGCAGCUCUGUGCCAUUAAGCUAGUUACUGCUGUCUUUUCCCGGUAUGAGAAGCACAGGCAGCUAAUUCUGGAGGAGAUCUUUACCUCCCUUGCCAGGCUGCCCACCAGCAAGAGGAGCUUAAGAAACUUCAGGUUGAACAGCAGUGAUGUUGAUGGUGAGCCCAUGUACAUCCAGAUGGUGACAGCUUUGGUGCUUCAGCUCAUUCAGUGUGUGGUACAUUUGCCUACUGACAAGGACAACACAGAUGAUGAGUACGACAAAAAAGUGGACCAGGAUGUCCUCAUUACAAACUCGUAUGAGACUGCAAUGAGGACGGCGCAGAACUUCCUAUCAGUUUUCCUCAAAAAGUGUGGUAGCAAACAGGGUGAGGAGGACUACCGGCCUCUCUUUGAAAACUUUGUGCAGGACCUCCUCUCAACAGUCAACAAGCCUGAGUGGCCUGCUGCUGAACUGCUCCUUAGUCUCCUCGGCCGGUUGCUAGUGCACCAGUUCAGUAACAAGCAGACAGAGAUGGCACUAAGAGUAGCUUCCUUGGAUUACUUGGGCACAGUUGCUGCUCGGCUGAGGAAGGACGCAGUCACCAGUAAGAUGGAUCAGCGCUCCAUAGACCGCAUCCUCAAAGAGGCAUCUGGCAAUGAUGAAACCCAGCAACUGCAGAAGGCCCUGUUGGACUACCUGGAUGAAAAUGUGGAGACUGACCCCUCUCUUUUGUUUGCAAGGAAGUUCUACAUAGCUCAGUGGUUCAGGGACACCACGACAGAAACCGAGAAGGCCAUGAAGUCCCAGAAUCAGAAGGAAGACGACUCGUCAGAGGGCCAGCACCAUGCCAAGGAUGUUGAGAGUACAGGCGAGAUUAUGCAGAGAGCUGAGGCACGCAAGAAGUUUUUGCGGUCCAUAAUCAAGACUCUUCCCUCACAGUUCAGCACACUAAAAAUGAACUCUGAUGCAGUGGACUAUGAUGAUGCCUGUUUAAUUGUGCGAUAUUUGGCCUCUAUGAGGCCGUUUGCACAGAGCUUUGAUAUUUAUUUAACGCAGAUCUUGAGAGUGCUGGGAGAGAGUGCUAUAGCUGUGAGAACGAAAGCGAUGAAGUGUCUGUCUGAAGUGGUAGCUGUGGACCCCAGCAUUCUGGCCAGGUUGGACAUGCAGCGUGGAGUCCACGGGCGGCUGAUGGAUAAUUCCACAAGUGUGCGGGAGGCUGCUGUAGAGCUGCUUGGACGAUUUGUGCUAAGUCGUCCCCAGCUGACUGAGCAGUACUACGACAUGCUUAUUGAGAGAAUACUGGACACGGGCAUUAGUGUGAGGAAGAGGGUGAUCAAAAUCUUGCGAGACAUCUGUCUGGAGCAGCCCACCUUCAACAAGAUCACUGAGAUGUGUGUAAAGAUGAUCAGAAGGGUCAAUGAUGAAGAAGGCAUUAAGAAACUGGUGAAUGAAACAUUCCAGAAGCUCUGGUUCACCCCAACUCCAAACCAUGAUAAAGAAGCCAUGACCAGGAAGAUCCUUAAUAUCACUGAUGUGGUAUCUGCAUGCAGGGAUUCUGGUUAUGACUGGUUUGAACAGCUGCUUCAGAAUCUGCUGAAGUCGGAGGAAGACGCCUCCUACAAGCCGGCCAGAAAGGCCUGCGCUCAGCUCGUCGACAAUCUAGUGGAGCACAUCCUCAAAUAUGAAGAGUCUCCCGAUGACUGUGAGAAUAAGGGGGGAAACUCAAAUCGCUUGGUGGCUUGCAUCACCACGUUAUACCUUUUCAGCAAAAUCCGAGCGCAGCUGAUGGUGAAACAUGCCAUGACCAUGCAGCCCUAUCUAACCACCAAGUGCAAUAACCAGAAUGAUUUCAUGGUGAUUUGUAAUGUGGCUAAAAUCUUGGAGCUGGUGGUGCCUCUAAUGGAUCACCCCAGUGAGACCUUUCUCACCACCAUAGAGGAAGACUUGAUGAAGCUCAUCAUCAAAUAUGGCAUGACGGUUGUGCAGCACUGUGUGAGCUGUCUUGGUGCAGUAGUAAACAAGGUCACUCACAACUACAAGUUUGUCUGGGCUUGUUUUAAUCGAUACUAUGGGGCUCUAAACAAACUGAAGACCCAGCAUCAGGAGGACCCGAAUAGCACGAUCCUAGUGUCCAACAAACCUGCAUUGCUCCGCUCCCUCUUUACUGUGGGGGCUUUGUGCAGGCACUUUGACUUUGACCGUGAAGAGUUCAAAGGCAAUAACAAGGUCAUCAUAAAGGACAAAGUGUUGGAGCUCCUUCUCUACUUCACCAAGAAUGAAGACGAGGAGGUCCAGACCAAGGCCAUCAUUGGUUUAGGUUUCCUCUUUAUCCAGCACCCGGGACUGAUGUUUGUCCCUGAGGUGAAGAGUCUGUACAACGGCCUCCUCUCCGACAGGAAGAAAUCGGUAAACCUGAAGAUCCAGGUGCUGAAGAAUCUGCAGACGUACCUGCAGGAGGAGGACUCUCGUAUGCAAGAGGCUGACCGAGAGUGGAAGAAGCUGUCCAAGCAAGAAGACCUCAAAGAGAUGGGAGACAUCUCCUCAGGCAUGAGUAGCUCCAUCAUGCAGCUGUACUUGAAGCAGGUACUGGAGGCCUUCUUCCACACGCAGUCCAGCGUGCGACACUUUGCCCUCAACGUCAUCGCCCUUACGCUCAACCAGGGCCUCAUUCAUCCUGUACAGUGUGUACCCUAUUUGAUUGCCAUGGGGACAGACCCAGAGCCUACAAUGAGGAAUAAAGCAGACCAGCAGCUGGUGGAAAUUGAUAAGAAGUAUACAGGAUUCAUUCAUAUGAAGGCUGUGGCAGGGAUGAAGAUGUCCUACCAGGUGCAGCAGGCCAUCUUGGCAUCUCAGGACACCCUCAUCAGAGGUUUCCGUCAGGACGAGGCCGGUACAGCCCUUUGUUCCCAUCUCUUUACAAUGGUGCGAGGAAACCGACAGCACCGACGAGCCUUCCUCAUCUCCUUGCUCAACCUGUUCGAUGACAGUGCGAAGACGGAGGUGAACAUGCUGCUGUUCAUCGCUGACAACCUGGCAUAUUUCCCCUACCAGACCCAAGAAGAGCCUCUCUUCAUCAUGCACCACAUCGACAUCACGCUGUCUGUGUCUGGCAGCAACUUGCUGCAGUCUUUCAAAGAGUCUUUGCUAAAGGAGCCAAGACAGCGGGAAAGGAAGAAAAAGAAGGUGCGAGAAAAGAAAUACAGUUCAGAGGAGGAAGAUGAGGACGAAGAGGAGCAUUCAAGCAGCAGGGAAAGCAGCAGCAGCGAUGAAGAGGUUGUUCGCAGGGCCAAGAAACCCAAGCGGGCCACGACUACAGUAAACUCUGAUUCUGACACGGACCUGGACGUUGAGGACGUGGAUAAAGUUAUGGACCGUCUCCCAGACAACCCCCUCCCUCUGCUGGAUUUUGCGAAUGCCUCUCAGGGCAUCCUGCUUUUGUUAGUGCUCAAGCAGCACCUGAAGAACCUCUAUGGCUUCUCAGAUAGCAAAAUCCAGAAGUACUCUCCCACGGAGUCAGCGAAAGUGUAUGACAAGGCUGUAAACAGAAAAAACAACGUGCAUUUCAGUCCAAGGCAGACGAUAGACUUCCUGACCAACAGUCUAUCCAACACCGAACUCACCUAUGACAUCAAGAGGAAGAUAGUCAAGCAAUAUUUGGACUUUAAGGUACUGAUGGAGCACUUGGACCCAGAUGAGGAGGAUGAGGAAGGCGAGGCAUCGGCUAGCGCCCACGCCAGAAACAAAGCCAUCACUGCUCUUCUGGGAGGCUCCAGCCCGAAGAACAACGCUGCUGACUCUUACGAUGAAGAGAGCGAUGGAGAUGAGAAGGCGCCUGGAUCAUCACGGCGAACCAGACGAGGUGGUGGCGGCGACUCUGCAGAGGCAUCAGGUCAAAUGAGCGAAACGGUAGAAGCCAUGGACGUCAUCGCUAUCUGCUGCCCAAAGUACAAGGACCGGCCGCAGAUAGCUCGCGUCAUCCAGAAGACGAGCAACGGUUACAGCGUGCACUGGAUGGCCGGCUCCUACUCCGGCACUUGGGCCGAGGCCAAGAAACGGGACGGACGCAAACUGGUGCCUUGGGUGGACACUAUCAAGGAGUCGGACAUCAUUUACAAGAAAAUCGCCUUGACGAGUGCGCACAAGCUGACUAAUAAAAUGGUGCAGACUUUACGUUCACUGUACGCAGCCAAGGAGGGGACUUCCAGCUAAUUAAACUACAGUUACUCCUACGUGAACUCUCAGAAGCCAAACUUUAUUGGGAUCCAACAUUUUCUAAACCCAGACAGUAAAGAAAAGAAUACUACAGACUCACGAAACCAUGAGCUUCACUUUUGUGAUGAAAAGUUCACGGAGAGAGGGAGGAGGGGAGGGAAAGCAUUUUAAACGCGCCAGGACCUGCAGGAGAGAAUACUGGACACAUUUUAAGUUAAACAGGACAAACGCAUACAGAAGGAAAUGUUUGGAAAACAUUGUGUGGGAGCUCCUUCGCUGUUGUGCAGCAACUCGGUUGUGUGAUUUUUACUCCCACUGUAUCAUAGUUUAACAAAAAAAAACAACAAACGAAAACAAAAAUGUUUAUAUCUCUGACAAAAAAAUCUGUUUAAAAAAAUAAACUUAAAGUGAAUGUUGGAAAUUAGUCUGUUGAUGUUCUUAAUAAAGUGUUCUUGGAGUUAAACCUA